AAAAUAUGGAAGGAGAGAGGCUGAAGAGAACCCUGAGGUGCUGGAUUGGAACUGAAAGCACUGGUGUGUAAACGAAUGAGUUUAAAAAAUAGACACACUGAGAGGUAGGGAAGCAUAGCUGUCUGUGGAGUCUGUAUGUCUGUGGGUCAGUGUGCACACAUGCAGAUAUUUCCUAGCUCGAGUCUCUGAGAGGUUUACACACGACAGCCCAGUGGAAAUAAACGUUCUGAGUGCCCAGACCUUGGUUUCCAAAUAUCAACAUCCACUAAAAGGAACCAGGACUUGUUGGAAAUGGUUGGCCUCAGGGUUGAAGCAGAGGAAGUACAAGAUGAUUGUGGCUUUCAAGAAAGUAAGGAAGGGCUCAAGGAAUCAUGGACACUUGUCCAAGAACAGAAGCCAGCUUGAAGGGAUCCCCACUGGCCAAAUCUGGAUCACUUUAAGCAUCAAAGUUAAGUAGUGGUAGUAACAGAUGACAACACACUAAAUAAAAUGGGAAUCCACAUAUCCACACAGAGGUCAACACAUACAUAUGUAGGGAGAAGGAAAGCUUUUCCUUACAGUAGAACGUCAAAUUUUCUAUAAAUCUGAAAUUAUUUCAAAAAAGGUAAUCUAUGCACUGUAAGCAAAUAUUCUUUCUAACGCGAAUAGAGUUCCGAAAUUGUACAGUCUUAGAAAGACAACGAAGUGAAUCUUGGCAGGAUUCCAAGAAACAGUCACAGAAAAACAACUCUUAGAUGAGAUAGAGGGGCGUAUUUUACUUUUUCAGGAGGAACGGGGGUCUCUCUUCCUUUCUCACUGAGAGGUCCCAGCAGAGAUUCCUUCCAUGCAGCCCCCCACUAACACUAGUACCCGGCUUUCAGCAAACAUCACUCAUGGUGAGAAAAAUGAAGGGCUAUAUUAUCAUUUCCUUUAGACACAUGAGGGAGAAGGCAAGUAAACAUUGAGCUAUUUACUUACUUUAAAAAAAGGAGAAGUUGCCGGACUUUGAGCUAAACUAGCAGGAGAGAGAGGAAAUGAGAGAAAGAGAGACAGAGCGAGGAGAGGGAAGCUUAUUUCUUCAUUUGUGCCCUGAGGUGCAAAUAUACAGGACGUACUAGUUACAAGUCCUGAUGUGGGUGUGGACCACUGGGGUUCAUGCGGUAGCUGGAAGAAGCCUGCUCUCUCCCCACCGGCGGAGGCUCAGUUUGGUGCUACGAGUCGGUGGAAAGGGGGAGAGAAGCAUGAGCUUCCAGCGGGUAGUGCCCCAGCGCCAGGAGGCUGCACGUCGUCAGGCAGAGGUCCACCGCCUCGUGUGCAAAAGUGUGCAAGCUCUCGUCCCUGGGUUGCCAGGACUUCCAGAAGAAAGAGUCCCCGCAUGCCUCGGUGUAUUUUUGAGUAAUACUUGCUGUCUUCCUUAUUGCUGAGGGCCACCACCCUUCUCGACAGCCUAUGCUGAAUUCACCUGGGUUCUGCUGACUGUGACCACGAGCUCCCGUGGAACCCUGCACCUCUUAGGGCACUUCCCAGGCCUUCGAUUACUUAAUGUCGGUCUUUGCCUUGAGCUCUGGGAAAGCGAUGACUGCCUUGUUUCCUACUCUGGUUUUAGGCUUAGCACAAUACCUGUGCUACGGUAUUAUGACAGAUAUUCAGUAAAUUCAAUGUGGACCGAAUUUUCUAGUACCUGAGGAGGGGUGUGUUCUUCCACUCUCUGUCCCACAUCAUUGGUGGUUGGGCUCCAGAUGCCAACCUUCUCCAGUCUGUUGUGCUACCUGGAGAAACUGUGACUUACCUUGGCUGUGUUCUGUAGUCGGAAAGCUACAAAGACGGCAUCCGAGAUCAGAUUCUGAUUACCUGAACCACUACUGUAGUUUCAAAACAACAGACUUCUGGAAAGUAACGCUGUGAUUCUUUUUUAAAUUUAUUGAUUGAUUUUUUGGCUACGGUGGGUCUAUAUUUGUGGUGUGCGGGCUUCUCAUUGCGGUGGUUUCUCUUGUUGAGAAGCACAGGUUCUAGGUGUGUGGGUUCAGUAGUUGUGGUGCGUGGGCUCUGUAGUUGUGGCUCGCGGGCUUAGUUGCUCCAUGGCAUGUGGGAUCUUCCUGGACCAGGGAUCGAUCCCGUGUCCCCUGCAUUGGCAGGCGGAUUCUUAACCACUGUGCCACCAGGGAAGUUCCUACCUUGUGAUUCUUAUUAAGGCUGAAAAGGAUGUUUGCCAAGAGAUUCAGUCUGAUCAAGAGGAUUUUAAACUGAAUAUUGAGGGAGAGAGAGAGAAAAUAAUUACUUAUUAAAAUAGUUAACUGAUAUUAAUAGCUACUAUUAUCCAGCGCUAGGUACUGUCCGAACUGAUUUACAUGCAUUAACUAUUUAAAACUUGCAGUAACCACAUGAGUUGGGGAUUCUUAUUAUGCCCAUUUUAAAGAUGGAGAAAACCAAGCCAUUUGAGUAACUUGUCCAAGGUCAAGUCAGAUGCUAGUUGGGAUUCAAAUUGGGGCAGUCUAGGGUCUGUGCUUGUAACCUCUGUACUAGUCUGCCUUUCAAAACUGCAAAGCUUAAUGCUCUGAAAAAAACAUUGUGUGAGAGAGACAAAAAAAUUAAUAUUUCUCAGAGAGAGAUAAAUACUGUAUGAUUUCACUUAUAUGUGUAACCUUAAAAAAAAAAAAAAAAACUUGUAGCAAAUAGUAGAAUGGUGGUCACCAGGGGUUGGGGGAUGGGGGAAAUGAGUAGAUGCUGGGCAAAGCAUACGAAGUGGCAGUUGAAAGUUCUGGGGAUCUAAUGCACAGUACUGUGUUCAUAGGUAAUAAGACUGUAUUAUAUACUUGAAGGCUUCUAAGAGAGUAAUCUUAAACGUUUUCACUACAGAAAGGAAAUGGUAAUCACGUGACAUGAUGGAGGUGUUAGCUGAGGCUAUGGUGGUAAUUAUAGUGGGGUGUGUAAGUGUAUCAAUUCAUAGAUUGUGCACCUUAAAGUUACACAAUGUUAUAUGUCAAUUAGCUCGGUAAAGCUUGGGAAAAACAUUGUAACUAUAGUUGUGCAGCAUGGAAACAUUGAUCAUUAAAAAUCUUUCAAAAUCAUCAUUAAUAUGUUUUAAAAAUUGAUCUAUUCAGCUGAUGAUUUAGAAAAGGCUAUGUGAUAGCUUUGAAAUAGUAAGUUACUAGGCUGUGACGUAUGAACUUUCAUUGCUUUCAUCUUUUCUAGAUGCUUUAGGCAGCGGCCCAUACCUAUAUAAGAAGGGACAUACAAUAUGCUUUCAGGCUGGUAUUUCUGUUAAUAGUGUUUACAGUCACUUUUUAGUAAUGUAGAAGGCAAAUGUGAUUGACAGGGAAAGUACAAACAGUACCAGAGGAUACUUUAAAUAAGAAAAAAGUAUAUACAUAGAAACAGUUAAUGGAGUAAAAUCGAUUUGCAGUCAUAAUGCCUGGAUGCUUCCAUGUAAAGCAUAUUUUCAGGGGCAGUUUUACCAAGUAUAAUAUAUUAAUUAUUAUUCAGAAAAUAUUCACUCUACCCAUCUCCACUCUCCAGCCAUUGACUUUCUCACUCCAUUGACAUUGGACUUGGUCAAAAGUCUUCCCCUGGUUGAUUCAAUAGGGCGAAAGUGAUAGCCCGCCAGUUCCAAGUACAAGUUAAGAGAUGUUAUGCUUACCGUUUUUCCCCUUGGGCUCCUACCACCUGCCGCGCUCUAGGUAAUCACCGAUCAUUUAACCUGAGCUCUAGGAUGAGAAGAUACGGGAGGCACGCUUGAUCCCAACCUUCAGCCUGGAGCCACGUCCAGAUAAGUGAGCCAAGUGUAUCUGAACCAGAACUGACCUGUGGACCUGAGAGUGAGAAAUGCGUGUUCAUUAUUGUAAGCCACUGCAACCUGGGGGUUGUUUGUGACGCAGCAUUAUCACAGCAAAACCUGAUGAAUACAUUUCCCCAAAUUUAGUAGUAUCUUUUCUAUUUUUAUUAAAAGAAAAAAACAAACAGAAAAACAGAGGACUGUGGGAAACGGUCAGCCUUGAGAGCCAGCUGCAGACAUGCCAGGCAUGCCGCCGCUGCUCGAAGGGACUGUGCCUACUUGUUCCCCUCCUUGUUCCAUUCCAUGGGAGAUAAACCACCAGGGCCCAGAGAUCAGAAAGAAUGUAAACUGAGACAAGCAAAGCUGUCUCCCCCCGGCACGUGCAGGUUAUUUUUGAUGAUUCUGGGCUUAUGGGUUUUCUCCCAGGGAAGUUAACCUUGAGCUGAGACAGUCUGUACAUAAUGUAAACCACCGUCUGGCAACCAACCUCCCUUUUUCUAGUCUAGAUAAUCUGCAACUGUAGCGCAAUAAAAUCUGCCUUGCAGCCGUCUGUUGUCUUGGCCCUUCUGACCCCAUUCGUCGGUGCUACUUCAGUUCCUUACCCCUUCUCUCCUGACCCUGGGCGGUGAAAUCCUCUUUCUCUGGCUGGUCCGCGGCAGAGGACUUGUUCCAGUUGCUAGUUCUUCCUUAAACUUAUUUUCACACAUGACCUAUAAAAUAUUAGUCAGUCUUCUCCAUGCUGGAUACCAUCUGUUUGCCCCUCCAAAUGCACUCUCCAUUCUCUCCCAGCAGGCUCUGCGCUUUAAGGGGCUUAACGUCACGUUUGGCCAAUGCGGAGCAUUGACAGAAGAGCAGAAGGAGAAACAGAGUGUGGGAGUGGGAAUAUUUAAUUCCCGAACCUUCUCCCUGCUGGGUCGCUGCAAACUGGCUGCUUCCAGUGGUCAAAGAACAUAGCCUCAGCCAGGCAGCCCUCUCUCUGCAUUUCAGUCACAGCUCACUCCCUUUGUCUCCACGGGGGCCUUGGGGUGGGUGGUUAAAUCCUGGUCACUAGCCCCAAGGUACUGCACUGUCCCUCGUGGUUUCCUCAUGCCCUGCCCUCACCUCCACGAAGAACCCCUUCUUAAACUUCCUUCAAAGUGCUCAGUUUGAACGUGACAUCUGUUUCCUGCUGUGAUCUUGACAAUACAACUUCCUUGGUUAAAUUUUAUAAAAAGGAUUGAAGUGGCGGAAGUUCAGUUUAAUCUGGUGUUCUGACUGACACACUUUAUAUCAAAAAGAAAACUGAAGCCCACCUAUGUGGAAAAUGUGCACGGCUCCCAGCCUUAUUUUAUUUUCCCCUGGAGACUCAUUUUGCACCUGGUCAGGUGCAUGAGACCUUUUUCAGGGCCCCCUUUUCUGUCAGGCACCUUGAUAUUACUUCCAGCUCCAAAAGUUUAUGCUAAUUCACUCAAGAAACUCUCAUAGCUUUUCCCUGUAAUUUCCUCCAUAAUUGCUAGACUAACUUAGCUUUCAAAUUUCUUCCCAGGAUUCAUAAAUGAGAAAGACAAGUGAAACCAGAGUGGGGGAGGUAGAAGAAUAGUUCUUCUCUUAAUUCUCUAAACUUUCGUUGUCAUGACCCUCUUUUUUUUUUUUUUUCCAGUAAUAGGCAAUUCUAUUUGCCUAGGCUGCUGAGCAGCUGUGAGACCUUAGACAACAUAUUUGUCCUUUCUAUACCCCAGUUUCCUCAGGACUAACAUGUCAAAAUCCGUACUAGAAUAGCUACUUUCAGGUUUAUUGUGAGAAUUUAAUACAACAUAUGUAGAAGUGAUGAACCUGUAUGGGGACCCAACAAAUGCCCAUUUAUUCUUUCUUCCAACUGCAUACUUUAAAAUAAUGCAUUUCAUGUACUUUUAAAGUUCAUUCAGUCCUUCUGCAACUGCUUUUCAGAAAGUCUGGGUACUUGGAGGACUUCCUUUUCCCCCCCCUUACUUAAUAUAUAUUUUUUAAUUGUGGAAAAAUAUACAUAACAUAAAAUUUACCCUCAUAAACAUUUUAAAGUAUAUGGGUUCAGUAUUGUAAAGUAUAUUCACAUUGUUGUGCAACCAAUCUCCAGAACUUUUUCAUCUUGCAGUUUUGAAACUCUAUACCAAUUAAACAACAAUUGCCCAUAUCCCUCUUCCCCAGCUCCUGGCAACCAUGACUCCACUUUUUUUUUCCUCCCCCAAACUAGAGUCUUUUUUUAAAAAUACUGAAUGGUAGUUGAUUUACAAUGCGGUGUUAGUUAGUACAGCGCAGUGUUUCAGUUAUACAUAUAUAUAACUGAAUAUACGUAUACACACACACACACACACACACACACACACACACACUUUUUCAGAUUCUUUUCCCUUACAGGUUGUAACAAAAUAUUGAGUAUAGUCCCCUUUCUAUACAGUAGGUCUUUGUUGGUUAUCUAUUUUAUAUAUAGUCAUGUGUAUCUGUUAAUCUCAAACUCCUACUUUAUCCCUACCCCCUCCUUUACCCUUCGGUAACUAUAAGUUUGUUUUCUAUGUCUGUGGGUCUACUUCUCUUUUGUAAAUAAGUUCAUUUGUAUCUUUUUGUUUUUAGAAUACACAUAGGAGUGAUAUCAUAUAAUAUUUGCAUUCUACUUUCUGUUUCUAUAAAUUUGACUAUUCUAGAUGCCUCAGGUAAAUGAAAUCACAGAGUGUUAGUCUUUUCGUGACCAGCGUAUUUCACUUAUCAUAAUGUCCUCAAGGUUCAUCCAUGUUGUAGCAUAUGUCAGAAUUUCCUUUGGUGGACUUCUUUUUUUUUUUUAAAUUUUUUGGCCACAUUGCACGGCAUGUGGGAUUUUAGUUCCCCCACCAGGGAUUGAACCCACGCCCCCUGCAUUGGAAGUGCUGACUCUGAACCACUUGACUGCCAGAGAAUGGUGGGCUUCCUUUUAAAAAUGAAUUUUCUAAGAUAUACUUACCAAAAUUCCUAUGUAUCAUUUAAUAUUACGUUUCUCCAUGUGUUCAAAGUGCCCCCAAUGCUGCAUUAUGGUGAAACUGCAGAAAGUGUAAUAUGUCCUUAGAAAGCAUCCUUUAGUUACUAAUAUACUCCUUAUGAAUAUGGUAAGUGUCCACAUGGGGAUAUGUAUUAUCCUGAAUCAGCCAGCAUUCACUUCCACAGCCUCUUCUUUGUCAGCACUCUUGCUUAGAAUUGUUUUAAGAAGUUUAACGAACAGAAAGGAUUGCUGUAAAAAAGCAUAUUUCAAACAUUAACUAUAUAGACCCUCCAUUGAUUCUGGAAUUCCUGAGCAAUUUUAAUUUAAAACGCUCAUUUUCCGCACUCAUGCCUCCAGUGACUAGAUUCCUUUCCAGGCUCCACUUCAAGCCUGGAUUACUGUGUUCUUUCUCCCUGUUUGGAAAGUUCAGUUUCCCAGAGUUCCUGGAUCUCUUCCAAAUGUAAAGAUUUGGGUCUCUUCCAAGACCUUCGCUGAAUGCAGAUGCGCCGCUAACUUCUCCAGAGCCCGCCCCUGGGAAACAGGCACAAGGCAGUCUUGGUGGUUGUAUCUGUUUUAGGUAAAGAAGCAGCAGAAAGGAAGUUUGAAACUCUGUUACAUAAGUUGUCCCACCCUCCAUCAUUCACUACUGUCAGAGUAAAUACGCAUCUAGCCUCAGUACAACAUGUGAAAAGUCUGUUAUUUGAUGAGCUUCAGAAGAAAGAAAACCCCAAAGCUGUGCAUUUUGUGUUUCAUACACUGUGUACUGAAACUUGCCUCCAAAGAAAUGUAAGAUGGAGGAAAACAGAUGCUUGGAGAGGCAGUUUAAUGGAUUAAGUUUUCCUAUUCUUCAGCAUCCAGACCUUCAGGAUGUCUUACUUAUUCCUGUUAUUGGACCUAGGAAUAAUAUAAAACAACAGCCCUGUGAAGUUAUUGUUGGAGCCCAGUGUGGCAAUGCAGUCUUACGAGGAGCCCACGUCUAUGUUCCAGGAAUUGUGUCAGCCUCAAAAUUUAUGAAAGGUGGAGAUCUUGUUUCCGUGUACUCUGAUAUUAAAGGCAAAUGUAAGAAAGGAGCCAAAGAAUUUGAUGGAACAAAAAUAUUUCUUGGAAAUGGGAUUUCUGAACUAAGCCGCAAAGAGAUCUUCAGCAGGCUCCCUGAACUGAAAGGCAUAGGCGUAAGAAUGACAGACCCAGUGUAUCUGAGCCCCUCAUUUGACAACGUACUGCCUAGCUACUUAUUUUUACAAAAUUUGCCGUCUGCUGUAGUCAGUCAUGUUCUGGAUCCUCAGCCUGGAGAGAAGAUUCUAGAUUUGUGUGCGGCCCCCGGAGGCAAAACAACACACAUUGCAGCGCUGAUGCAUGAUCAGGGAGAAGUGAUAGCACUGGAUAAAAUAUCCAACAAAGUAGAAAAAAUAAAGCAGAAUGCGUUAUUGUUAGGGCUAAAUUCCAUCAGGGCAUUUUGCUUCGAUGGAACAAAGGCCCUUAAACUUGAUAUGGUUAAGGACACAGAUGGAGAACCUCCAUUCUUACCGGAAUCUUUUGACCGAAUUCUUCUGGAUGCUCCCUGCAGUGGACUGGGACAGAGACCAAACAUGGCUUGUACUUGGACUUUGAAGGAAGUGACAUCAUAUCAGCCAUUACAGCGAAAACUUUUCACUGUGGCAGUGGAGCUGCUGAAGCCGGGGGGCGUGCUGGUGUACAGCACGUGCACUGUCACCCUAGCAGAGAAUGAAGAACAGGUCGCCUGGGCCCUCGAGACAUUUCCUCACCUUCAGCUUCAGCGCCAGGACCUACAGGUUGGAGGAGAAGGGAUGCUGGGAGCUGGCCUGUCAUCUGAGCAACUGAAACGGCUGCAGCGAUUCGAUCCCUGUGUGGUGCCGUCACAGGACAGUGACACUGGUUCUCUCAGAGACGCCAGGAUAGAAGACACGAGUUGGCUCGCAAAUAAGGAUUGUAUAGGCUUUUUCAUUGCAAAAUUUGUAAAAUGCAGAAGCACGUAGGAGAAGGAUCCUUAGAAAUGAAAGUUCCAAACAUUUUCCGUUUUUUUAAAACCAAAAACUGUUGUCAGGCCACGUGAUUGAUGCCGUGGUUGCUGAGGAAACAGAAAAGGCUGCCGGCUGUUCCACCAGGAAUCAAGAGACUGUACUUCACAGAGGAAGUAGCCGGGGGGGUGGAGGGGGGGCACUUGUGUGUCUAAAAUACUUUUCCUUUAUGGAUUUAGCAGAGUAUAAAGAAAAGGAGAUGCCUGAAGAUGUCUGGAACAUUUCAUUUGGGGUCUUUGUUUUAAUUUGUAAAGAAUGCAAGUCAUUUUUAAUGUUAAAAUAAGUGGAUUUAACAAAAGGAAUAAAAUUAGUGGUAUUUAAUUUGGUUAUAAAA